UCUGCACCCCAGAUGUACCAACUGUCCAGCCCCGUGGGCAGGGUGCGCCUUCACCCAUAAAGAGCUGGGAAGAUGUAGUAAGAGUCCUCCCUUCCCGAGGCGCUGCCCGCCUCCCGGAUGCGCAGCCUCCCCGCACCUGCACUUCCGCCCCGCCCACUGCGUCCGCAGGUGAGUCAGCCCGCGGCAGCCCGCCCACCUGUCCACGUUCUGCCCGCCCAGCCGGAAGCCGCCUCCACCGACUGUGCACAGUUCCUGAAGGACUUGUGCCCUACACCUGCCUGGCAUCUGGGGUCUCUCUGGAGCCUGGGCUGGUAGAAGCCAAAGUUCCCUGAUGUCAUCAGGCCACUCCAUGAGUGAGGCAAACCAAACCCAGGAGGGGCCAUCAGUGCUCCCCACAGCAUCAGCUACGACCCCUGAGCCCAGCAGCGGGGGCCGGGCAUGGCCAGUACUAGUAGGGGUUGUGCUAGGGGCCGUAUUCCUCUCUCUCCUCAUCGCACUUGCUGCCAAAUGCCAUGUCUGCCGCCGAUACCGUGCCAGCUACCAGCAUCGUCCUCUGCCCAGGACUAGGGGUGGAGACCGUCCAGUGGUGGGUGAAGAUGAGGAUGAUGAUGGCUUCAUUGAAGACAAUUAUAUCCAACCUGGGGCUGGUGAACUGGAGACAGAAGGAAGCAGGGACCACUUCUCUCUCUGAUCUUUGAUCUUCGGACAUUGCCCCUUCCUUCCACCUCUGAUGUUUUAAGGACAGUGGAUGCUAUGUGGGCAUCUCAGCUCUCAGGGACAAAGGUAGCUAGGGCCUAAAGGUUAACCAGGGGCAGAGCAAUCCUCCAUUUCCUGUCACUGUCCAACGAAGUGACAAUGACCUGCUCUUGCUCAAUAACUCUCGGCGGCUUCCUGCUUUUCCUAGGAUAAAGCCUAACAGCAGAAGAAUAUGGAGGAAAAGCCUCUAUGAUCAGGCCUCGAUUGGCCUGUUGUUCUCCUUUUGUGCCUCCUCACUACACUCCCUACUUAACUGUGUAUUUGCCAUGUAGUUGUUUACCUUGUUCCCCCUGCCUGGGGAGCCCUACCCUUCUAAUGUCAGUCCCUGGCCUCCUGACCCCUGGGCCCCUGGGCCUGCCUUUCAAAUGUAUUUCACAUGUGCCUGGAGGACACAUUCAAGCGGGUAGAAACCAGUGCCAAGUUUCUUACUGAAAAUUUUCUUAUCAAUGAAGUAGAUAAUCUGGUUAUAUAUAGUAUAAUGUUUUAUAGAGGAAUAAAUUGAUUUUCAUUUUUAAUUAAAAACAAGAAAUCACCAUA